AAAUCCAUUUGGGAAGUUUGUUUAUGUUUCACUCUCUUGUCAGAUAUUUUGCCACGUCUGUCUUAACAAAUUCAUCCUCUUUUCUUGCACUGAAACGUCAAUUUACUGCAAAAUCCAUUUAACAACCAUGAAGGCUAUGUACAGUAUGCGAAGUCCAGCCGUGAAGAGACUGAUGAAAGAAGCACAGGAGCUACGGGAGCCAACAGAACUGUAUUUCACACAACCUUUAGAGGAUAAUUUAUUUGAAUGGCAUUUUACUAUCAGAGGACCAGAAAACUCUGAUUUUGAUGGAGGAUUGUAUCAUGGAAGAAUAAUACUGCCUCCUGAUUAUCCAAUGAAACCCCCAAAUGUUAUAUUAUUGACUCCAAAUGGAAGAUUUGAAACUAAUAAGAAGAUAUGUUUGAGUAUAUCUGGACAUCAUCCAGAGUCAUGGCAACCAUCUUGGUCUAUUAGGACUGCCUUAUUAGCCAUCAUAGGUUUUAUGCCUACACAUGGAAGUGGUGCUAUAGGAUCACUGGAUUACCCACCAGAGGAAAGAAAGAAAUUAGCAAAAAGAACUUUAGACUGGAAGUGUGAGAACUGUGGCAAUAUAGCCGCCAUCCUAAAACCAGUGACAGAGGCAUCUAAAGCUGCAAAUGAAGAAGCCAAAGAAUUAGCAUCACAGAUCAACUUUAGGGGUGAAAAAUCAGCAUCAGAGAACAAGCCUGCAGAGGAAACAGCUUCAAGUUCUGCAGCAUCAGCACCCGUUCCUACAGCUACAAGUUAUACAGCUUCAACACCUAUAACUACUCCUCCAAAUACACCUGUUUAUCCAGCUUUUCCUAACAUGCCUGCACAGUUUCCUUUCCCAGGAUUUUCAUUCCCUCAGCAAUUUCCUCACAUGGCAAACACCCCUCAACAACAACAGCAACAACAAGGAUCUAAUUUUGUACCCAGGUUUCCAUUUCCUCCAACAUUUCUACCAUCAAUGUUUGCACAAAUGAGAAUGUCCGCUGGAAAUCCCUUUAUGGCUGCUAAUCAAACUUCUGGAUUCCGAAGUCCUUUUCUGAAUAACAGUCCUGCUCCUAAUUCAGUAUCAGGAUCUCAGACACCAAAUAAUUCAAAUUUGAACAAUACACCCAAUACACAAUCAGUGCCGAGCUCUAGUACAGAAGCUAGUAUAACCAGUUCAAAUCCUCCGUCUGGUAUGGAGAAUGAUCAAAUUAAAAGUCUUACAGCUUCAUCUUUAGAAACAGACAGAGGUGAACAGGAUGUUGCUCCUCCUGUGACUGAAUCAAUCACUACAGAUGGACUAAGACAAAGAAACAUUGAUUCUCACCCUGUACUUCCUCAGCAAGGACCUAGUCAUGUGCAGUAUGCCGAACUUGAACCUGAACCAGAACAAACUGUAUCAGUACUAUCUACAAUACUAAUUGUUAUAUUAUUGAUAGGUAUAGUUCUAUUAUUACUGAGGAGGCUUUACCUACAAAGGAUGUGGAAAAUGCCAUUUUGAGAGUGAACAGAAAUCAAAUAUGAUUAAGAAUACUAGAAUAUUAAAACAUGAAAUCCUAUUGUAAUGAUUAUAGAGGUUAAAGCUUUUAUUUUGGUUUGUUUGUAGUAAUGUCAUCAUUUGGAUUCAUUUAAACUUGGUCAUUUGGUAGAAAUAUGAAUAAUCAUCAUCGUUAUAAUGUUUGUUUUCACUCAUUGUAUAAUAUGUAAUCAGCAAUAGAAAAAAACACCAUCUUUUAUUU